AAGACUAUGUGGCUCAUCGUGCCGCUGGAGCCUGGAUUGGAGCUCGAACUCGAAACGAACUCGAAAGAUAUCAUAUCGAGUACGGUACAUUCGUUAAUCUGAUCUACGCUGCAAUUAAGUUGAUACAGAAUGUUUCCCUUGACAAGAUUAUUGUCUUUAGCUAGACCAAUCAACCAUUUCCAUUUCAGGAUGGCAAGUGCUGCUGCUACAGGUUCGAGGCGUUUGGAAGGAAAAGUUGCAGUAGUUACAGCUUCCACGGAAGGAAUUGGCUAUGCCAUCGCCAAGAGACUAGGUGAAGAAGGUGCACAUGUUGUUAUCAGCAGUCGGAAGCAGGCCAAUGUAGACAAGGCAUUGAAGAGCUUAAAAGAGGCCAAUCUCAGCGUUUCAGGUCUGGUGUGCCAUGUAGGCAAAGAGUCUGAUAGGGCCAAACUUAUAGAGAUGGCUGUCAAGGAAAAUGGUGGAUUAGAUAUCUUGGUAUCAAAUGCUGCAGCAAAUCCCUUCUUUGGCAAAAUAUUAGAUUGUGAUGAUAAAUCCUGGGACAAGAUAUUUGAAAUCAAUGUGAAGUCAGCAUUUCUUUUGGUAAAGGAAAGUGUUCCUCACAUGGUCUCAAGAGGAGGAGGAUCUGUUGUUUUAGUAUCAUCAAUAGCAGGAUAUAUGCCCUUUGAGUUACUAGGACCAUACUCGGUCAGUAAGACCGCCCUCUUGGGUCUAACAAAAGCACUCACUCCACAGCUCACAGAGAUGAACAUCAGGGUAAACUGUGUUGCUCCAGGUCUUAUCAAAACCAACUUUAGUGCUGCUCUAUUUGCAACAGAGGAGAGUACUAAAUUAGCCUUGAGUCAGAUUCCUAUGAAACGAGCCGGUACUCCUGAUGAGAUUGCGGGGAUAGUAUCUUUCUUAGCUUCUGACGAUGCUAGCUACAUCACUGGUGAAAACAUGCUGGUAGCUGGAGGAUCUCCUUCAAAACUUUGAUUGUAUCCAUAAUCCAAUUUCACUCUUUAGUCUAUACAAUAAUACUGUAUUGUAUAUUGUACCAAGGAGACAACAAAAUGCAAAUUAUUUCAUGUAGCUUCCAAUAUCUAAAGAAGUACAAAAGAAUACACAGCUGCACUGUAGCCUUUGGUGAUGACAGGUAAUGCCGCCAGUUUUAUGGGGAAACUGAAAAGGGGUUGUGGUUGAUAAUACAUAAUUGGGUAUAUCUCCAAUUCUAUUUGAUCACAAAAUGUGGAUAUCAUUAAACACAUGACAAGAUAUAUCUCAAAUGCUUAUUCUGUACUUAAAUUUUCAAUUCAUCAUUUACAAAUUUCCACACUUCCACAUUACAAAAAAAAAAAUUUAGUUUGAGGGAAUAUACAUGUAUCUAUUUGUGAUGUUAUUUGUCACGGUUCCAGCCAGUCAAGUUAAAAUCAUAAUUCAAUAAAUAUUGUAACAUUAGUUUUUGCUUUCCCCCAUAAAAGUUAGCAAUAUACCCGACCAGAGGCAGCGAAAAGUAAUUAUCAUUACGAAAGCAUAUUUCCUAUUUUAUCUGGCCAAUAAGUCUGUUAGUUAGGUAGCAAUCUUCUGUCUACAAUUUUCUACAAAAAUCCAAUGAAACUUAUGCCCGACAUAUUUUAUCCCUGCGGCAUCAAAGUGGCUAUUGAGGGAAGGUGUUGGCUGGUUCUCCAUCUCUCAAGACUCCUUGAUUGUACAAAUAAUGCACAGGUAGGGAGGUUGUUGGUGAUGAUGCAGUGCACCAGAAUUGAAAUAUCUAAAUUUUGUUGUUUUAGUUUGUUGGAGUAUUCAAUACUCCCACAAAACUAAAACAACAAAAUUAUAAUUAAAUUCUGACAAACGAUAUACUUUGUAUUCAGAUGCUUCUUAAAGGGAGAUUAUCACCUGUUUUCAUGGAGAAUUCAACACCAUUUGGAUAUUGAUCACCCUGAGUAGAACAAGAUGCAUGAAUAGUAGACAGUAUGUAAUGCCACUGGAAAAUGCCUUAUGGUUAACUCAUUAAAUAACUUCCUGGUCGGAUAGUUGCACGAAGCUGAGCAAGCUUGGCUGUAGAAUUUCUUGUUGGUACCAAGUUUGCUUACCCCCAAAGAUGUCUCUGUUACAGGUAUUUCCAAUGCUUUUCACAAGAGUCUGGGGUCAGCAAAUAACAAUCCACUCCCCAUGAAAGCGGGUGCCCAUCUGAUUUGAAGAACAAGAGUUUUUAUCUACAGAGAUUGUGUUUCAAAUAGCUGAGCUGAUGGGAAUUCAAAUGAUUGUGAAUCUGAUUUGGUACCCACUUAAGAUUAGUCACCAGUCGUGUGAAAGUCAUGUGUAAUGUACAAACAGAUUCGUGAAACUCCUUCCUCUGAGAUAGAUUAUAUGAUGUAAUGAGACAACUCUAACUUGGUUUUAUGUUGACUGUGCCAGGGAGGCAUUUUAUGUUGAAUAUUGUGUUGUAAAUUGAAUUACAUACAAAGAUAACUUAAAUGAUACGUGAAUAAAGAAAAGUAACCAAUUAAUUUGAGUUUUCUUGUUAGAGUGGAGGUUAUAUUUUAUCAUGAGGACACUUUUGUCACACCAUUGAAGCUAAGACAACCCAUAUAAAAAAAAAGAAGCAGAAACUCCAAAUUGUUCAAAAUAGAAAUCUGAAUAAAUUGAUCUUGGGGCCCAGCAGCCACUGAGCAGUGCCUGAUCAAUGUUGCCCUAUCCCUUAAACUGUUGAACGCCAAACGGGGUAGCAGCAGCAAGCGUUUUUCACCAUUUUUAACGUCUUUCCUGUCCUUCCGGUUGUGAGAUGGACGCAUUACCAACAAAGCCGACAAAAACUGGUUAUGCCUGAAUUAUACCUGAAAUAAUAUAUUUUCAAUGACAUGCAAUGCUGCUAUUUUUUGUAUAGUUCUCAGAACUUUUGAUUCAAAGAACAUUGUAAUAAUAUAGAAUUGAAUUAAAUAUUUAAUGCAUUUACUUUAAAAAAUUGUAUUUUACAUGGACCAAAUAUAUUAUAGACUUUGUGACUACGAAAUAUAAAGAAUUUUGUCAUGUCAUAUUAUAUUUUAAGUUCGAGAGCCAAUAUGUAAUUGUAUACAUGUAUGCAUCUUGUAUUUCAUUGUCUGUAAAUUAAUGAAUCAUGAUCAUAAAUAUAAUGUAAAUCUAUGUUAAAAUA